GAGCAAGCAGUAUGCAAGCAGCGUGCGAGAAGCGUUCAGAAGAGAUUCAGAGCAUUCGAGUCGCUAAGCUAGAGCAAACAGCAAGCAAGCAGUAUGCAAGCAGCGUGCAAGAAGCGUUCAGAAGAGAUUCAGAGCAUUCGAGUCGCUAAGCUAGAGCAAACAGCGAGCAAGCAGUAUGCAAGCAGCGUGCGAGAAGCGUUCAGAAGAGAUUCAGAGCAUUCGAGUCGCUAAGCUAGAGCAUAUAGCGAGCAAGCAGUGUCGAGCAAGCAGUAUGCAAGCAGCGUGCGAGAAGCGUUCAGAAGAGAUUCAAAGCAUUCGAGUUGCUAAGCUAGAGCAUACAGCGAGCAAGCAGUGUCGAGCAAGCAGUAUGCAAGCAGCGUGCGAGAAGCGUUCAGAAGAGAUUCAGAGCAUUCGAGUCGCUAAGCUAGAGCAAAUAGCAAGCAAGAACAGCGAGCAAGCAGUAUGCAAGCAGCGUGCGAGAAGCGUUCAGAAGAGAUUCA